GUCCAUAAGCUGGGAUCGUCUUGAAUGAGAGAGAGCAUGAGAUGCCCCUUGGCUUUUGGCAUCAGUAUAUAAAUAUCAUCUUCGCCCAUCAGAGAUCAGUCUUAAGUGACCAUUGUAUACAACAUGCGCUCACUUAUCGUUUUUCUAUCCCUUUUGGCGUGCGUAUUCGCACAAUACCGACCUCAACCAAAUUAUCAACCAAAUCCCACUGGUAAAGUGAUAUCUAUCCUAAAACAGCUGUAUGAUCUCAACCCCGAUGGUUCUUAUCAGUGGAGUUUUGAAACUGAAAAUGGAAUUCAGUCGCAACAACAAGGAGUCUUAAAACAAGUAGGAAACGAAGUAGUCCCUGUCGUUACUGGAUCCUAUGCGUACCCGUCUCCUAAUGGUGAACCUGUCGUCAUUCAAUUCAUAGCUGAUGAAAAUGGAUUUCAGCCACAAGGAAGUGUACUUCCCACACCACCUCCAAUUCCAGAAGCAAUUUUGAGAUCGUUAGCCUACAACGCUGCUCAUCCUGAAGAAAAUGAUCCGAAAUACAACAAACCACAAAAGCGAUAUUAACGCUGGCACUUUGAAAUCGAAAUGUGUAAAUAUAAUUUUGUCUAUUAUUUGAUGCAUGAUAAGCGUCUCUGGAUGGACAAAUACUAAUGCAAAUGUUAAUAUAUGGCUUGUUGAAGUUAUGACUACAGAGUAGUUAAAUUUAUCUGUUAUGUAACUGCGCAUAAUAAAUGGCUCAUCAUGCUCA